AUGAAGAGGUUACGAGUAUCACAAUGGAGCAGCAAGCAGCUGCUGCGAGCUCGCCCAGGAGCUUCCUCGUCUGUCCCGAUAGCCAUCGCCGGUAGGCAGCCAUUCCUCCAAUCCCUGCGAUGCCAAUCUUCUGCUGCCAUUGCGCCCGAACACCUCGCAAACGACGCAGCCGCCGCCCAACACAUCACCCGCGCCGCCCCUUCACCUCCUCACCAACGAAGUCUCGAGUCGGCCAAGCUUGCUGCCCUGCAUGCUCGACUGGCACUCUCUCCCAAGAUUCCGCUACAGACGCUUGCGCGGGCGCUUAUUACACCCUCGGCCGAUGCCAAUGGCAGCUUUAACAACUCGAAUUUGGCGUUCCUGGGGAGCACCAUUAUAAAUUACCAUGUGCUCGAGUAUCUCGUAUGCAAGUGGCCUCGCCUUCCGAUGGCUAUCUUGUACGAAGCAUUGAGGGCAUUCUCUGGGCAAGAAUCGCUGCAGCAGGUCUCAAGGAGAUGGGGUGUUGAGGCCGCCGCCGCCCCAGGGGAGGAGGUCGAUGCGGGAUUGUUGCAGUGGAAGGCUGAUGGGGUGCAGCUGGUCAACACGCGAUGGGGAUAUGUCCGCUCCGAGGUGGGAAAAGAUAGCUCGUACAGACGUGGCAUGAGCAGUCGUGUCGUUUUGGAUGACGUAUUUGGGGAUGCGCUGAGCAAGCCGGACAAUGCUGGCCGGCAGGGCGUGGACAGUCUGCAGAAUGAGGCAUUUGCAUCUUUUGUCCAGGCUGUUGUGGGAUCUAUCUAUGCCCAUUGUGGGCGGGAAGCUGCCAAGUCCUUUGUCACAUCUCAUAUUCUGUCGAGACAGUUUGAUCCUUCUGCGCUGUUCCAGUUCCAACUCCCCACGCGCGAGUUGGCCAUGCUCUGUGCGCGGGAAGGUUUCGAGGCUCCCGUUGCUCGACUGGAGAGCGAAACUGGUCGGCUGUCGAAGACACCGGUUUUUGUGGUCGGCAUCUAUAGCGGCAAAGAGAAGCUGGGAGAAGGCGCUGGUCCCAGCUUGGAUAUUGCUAGACGCAAGGCUUCCAUGAACGUGCUUAAGGCAUGGUACCUGUAUUGCCCGGGGAACAAGGUCCGCGUUCCGAGCGACAUGAUGGAGGAGGGUGCCAGGCCCUGGAAAGCGCCGCAUAUUGAUGUUGGUGAAAUCAUCUAA